AAUUAUUUACACCCCGUAUUAAUAUUUGAUGAUAUUUUUUGUUUUUAUGACUUUCCCAAUGUUGUUUUCGAUGGCAUGAUCAUAUCUUCCCAAUUUAUAGUGUUGCAGGUCCACGUACCUCCAGGAAAGGCAAAAAGGGUAGGCCAGGCCGUGCAAGUGCCCAUGUCGAAAUCCCGAAGGAACCAGAUUAUGACAAUCUGCCAAAGCCAAAGCAGGCCAUGAACAAGAAACAACGUGACCAUAUGGCCAGGAAGCGUCAACUGCGUGACUGUAGGCAGGCGAGGAAUGGCCUUGCACAAGGACAGCAGAGAGCAGGUAUCGCCAACACAGUCAAUGCAGUGGACAUUCCUCUGCAGUACCAGUCUGAGAGUGGUGAAGAGACCCCAACAUGCUGUCAAGAGGCCCCAACAUGCUGGGUUUUCAUUCUCAAACUGUGUCGCUGCUGUGCUAAACGGCUAUUUAAGAGAAGAGCGACAAGAGAAAGAGAGGAGGAGAGGCUGAGGGAACUCAGACUUCUGGAGGAGGAGAAACUGAAGGAGCUGCAGAGAAAGUUCCAGGAGGCCAAGGAGCUGCAGAGAAAGUUUCAGGAGAUCAAGAAAAGAGAGAAGAGGAGGCUGGAGGAGGCGGCAAUGAAAUUUGAGAUGAGGAGAAAGAGAGAUGAAGAGGCUGAGAAAGAACAGCAACUGCUACAACAAGUAGUGCAGGACGAGACAUCUGAUCAGUGGAGUUGCAGGCCGACAAAGGAAGAGCUGCAGGGAACGUUUCAGGAGGCCAAAGAGCUGCAGAGAAAGUUUCAGGAGAUCAAGAAGCGAGAGAAGAGGAGGCUGGAGGAGGCUGCAAUGAAAUUUGAGAUGAGGAGAAAGAGAGAUGAAGAGGCGGAGAAAGAACAGCAACUGGUAGAACAGCAGGUAGUGCAGGAUGAGACAUCUGAUCAGUGGAGUUGCGGACUGACAAAGGAAGAGAUGAAGGAAUUGGAGAUGCUCAAGCAGCUGGAAAAGAGCCUUUCUCUCCAGAUUCUUAGACUUCAACAGUGGCCGGAUGGCGAUGAAGAGGCUAAGAAAGAACAGCAACGGCUUCAUAGACUUCAACAGUGGCAGGACAUGCCUGCACCAUUGACCACCAGCAGCACUGAUAAUGAGGUAAUGGAGAGGCAACACCUACGAUCUAAACGCCAGCUGAUGACAUCGCGAGAGAUUCAGAGAAUGUCAGAGAUGGCGAGGAAGAGCGAGAAAGUGCAACAGGACGAAUGGAGCAGACCAGGGGAGGGUGAAAGUGUGGAACGGGAACUGGACCUGCAGCAUCAGCUUGAGUUGCAGCGGGUGGAAAUGGAGCACAGGUUUGAUUUGAAGAAAACUGUGUUGCUCAACAGGCACAAUGAUAAAAUGAGGGAGCUUGACAAUCAGUGGCAGCUGCAGUAUGAUGCCAAGCAGAGGGAAAUGGAACAAUAUCAAGAGAGACGAAGAGAAAUGGCUAAGACACGGGAGGAGGAAUUGUCAAGACUGAUUGAACAGCAGCAGAACAUUAAGAGAGAAGCAGAUCAUUGGAAAGUCAAAGGCCACGUUGUAGAGCCAAAGCCACAGAGACAAAGCAAUGGAGAGGGCACUAUGAGGGAACUAUCGGAGAAUGCGGUGCACAGGGCAAAAAAUGAGCAUCAGAAACAAAUGCGAUUAGAUCAGGAAAAAUGGCACGAGAUGCAAGAGCAGCUUAAGUCCAUGAGGCAAAGAUUUGAGAAGGGGAAAAAAAUGGUGGAAGAGAGAUAUGAAAAAAGGUGGAAGAAAAUGGAGGAGGAACAGCAGAAGGAAUGGGAUGAAAGGAUGCUUGAGCUCAACAGAAGGCUGGGAGAGGAAAAGCAACAGCAAGUGGUGUUGGAGCUGCACAAGGGCAACAACAUUGCAAAAGAGGCUCUCACUCAAGUGAAAAUACCACCCAAGACUGAAAGGAAAGAAACAACCAUGGUGGAAGAGACAAAUGAGGAAACAGAGCCAGAAAAAGUGGCAUUGAAACCGCACAACACUGCAAAAGAGGCUCUCACUCGAGUGGAAAUACGAUCCAAGCCUGAAAAGACAGAAACAACCGUGGUGAACACAGAUGAAGAAAGAAAACUGGACAAAUUAGUGUUAAAGUUGCAAAAGGAGCAGGACAUCACAAAAGAGGCUCUCACACAAGAUCAAAUACCAUCCAAGCCUGAACAGAAAAAAGCAACCGUGGUGGAAGAGACAGAUGAGGAAAGACAACUGGACAAACUGGUGCCUCACAAGGAGUGUGCAUCACAGUACAUCACAAAAGAGACUCUCACACAAGUAGAAAGACCACCCAAGCCUGAUAAGAAAGAAAUAAUGAUAGUGAACAUCAGCAAGAUGGAGAAGAAUACCACAAAAGAUUCAUUCACACUAGUGGAAAUAGAGGUUGAACAGGAAGGAACAACCAUGGUGGAAGAAACGGAUGAGGAAAGGGAGCUGGAGAAAGUGGUGGACAGUGAAUGUGAUAAAGAAAUUGGACAAAAUGAGGUAGAUUUCCAAGACGCGCAAAGCACUCAAGAGGAACAACAAUCAUACAUGAAAGACAAUGGAAUCCGGAAAGAACAAAAAAACACUACAGAGUACGAAGUAUCAAAUGAUACAAGAAUGGAGUGCGUAAAUGAAACAAGGCAGGAUGCAGUCAAAUCUCAAGGCAUCAUCUAUGAAGGUGAGCAACUCUCAAGUCAAUCGAACAAAAGAGCAGAAGCAUCUGAAGUUGAAUUAGUGUCCAAAAAAGAACAACCAAUGCCGGACAGUCAAAUAACAACUUUCACUGAAAGUGAAGAAAGCUCAAGACAUGCUCUGCUGAAACCUGAAAGCAGACUGGCUGAAAUUGACAAAAAAGAGUCAGUAAAGAGACUAGGUGGUGAAGAGAAUAGAAGCUUUGAGGAAAAUGAACAACCAAAACAAGCAAAGUGUCAGCAAAAAUGUGGGAUGGAAUGGCUGACUGAUUUCAGAAACAAACAACAACAGGAAAGAAAUAGCUUGGCUAAUGCUGACAAAGGAAGCAAACCAGAAGCAAAACAGGUCACGAGCGAGGGAAUGGAUUGGCUGCUGUGUGACGUAAAGGCAGAGAAAAACCUUCCCUCAAGACCACAGGUGAGACCUGUGGAAGGAAGACGGCAAAGGGCAUGUGAACCAACAGCAGAAAAGGCACAGUUUGGAUCUGAACACAAGGACCUGGGGGAUGACUGGUUUGGAGAUAUGGCCGUCAACAACAAAGAGAGUGAAAGGGGUGAGAUGAGUAGGAGACAUCAGCAGCGAAGAGAGGAGAGCAGACAAAUGUUGCAGAGUCUGACUGAUCAAUCAGAGAGGCAGGAUGGGAAAGACCUUCCUUCAGGAUGCCAGGUGAGACCUGUGGCAGGAAGACGGCAAAGGGCAUGUGAACCAACAGCAGAAAAGGCACAGCUUGAACCUGAACACAGCUUGAACCUGAACCUGGAUGAUGACUGGUUUGGCAACAUGGCCGUCAAGAGCAAAGAGAAUGGAAGGGCUGAGAUGAACAGAAGACAUCAGCAGAGAAGAGAGGAGAGCAUGAAAAUGUUGCAGAGUCUGACAGAUCCAUCAGAGAAGAAAGAUGAGGAAGACCGUCAUUCACGAUGCCCGGGGAGACCUGUGGCAGGAAGAAGGCAAAGGGCAUGUGAACCAACAGCAGAAAAGGCACAACUUGAACCUGAACACAGUUUGAACCUGAACCUGGAUGAUGACUGGUUUGGCAACAUGGCUGUCAAGAGUAAAGAGAAUGGAAGGGCUGAGAUGAACAAGAGACAUCAGCAGAGAAGAGAGGAGAGCAUGAAAAUGUUGCAGAGUCUGACAGAUCCAUCUGAGAAGAAGGAUGAGGAAGACCAUCAUUCAGGAUGCCAGGUGAGACCUGUGGCAGGAAGAAGGCAAAGGGCCAAUGAACGAACAACACAGCUUGAACCUGAACGCAAGGACCUAAAGGAUGACUGGUUUGGAGAUAUGGGUGUCAAGAACAAAGAGAAUGAAAGGGCUGAGAUGAACAGAAGACAUCAGCAGAGAAGAGAGGAGAGCAGACACAUGUUGCAGAGUCUGACUGAUCAAUCAGAGAAGAAGGAUGAGAAAGACCAUCAUUCAGGAAGUCAGGUGAGACCUGUGGCAGGAAGACGGCAAAGGGCAUGUGAACCAACAGCAGAAAAGGCACAGCUUGAACCUGAACACAGCUUGAACCUGAACCUGGAUGAUGACUGGUUUGGCAACAUGGCCGUCAAGAGCAAAGAGAAUGGAAGGGCUGAGAUCAACAAGAGACAUCAGCAGAGAAGAGAAGAGAGCAUGCAAAUGUUGCAGAGUCUGAGAGAUCCAUCAGAGAAGAAGGAUGAGGAAGACCGUCAUUCAGGAUGCCAGGGGAGACCUGUGACAGGAAGAAGGCAAAGGGCCUGUGAACCAACAACACAGCUUGAACCUGAGCGCAAGGACCUGAAGGAUGACUGGUUUGGAGAUAUGGCAGUAAAACAAGGGAAUGAAAGGGCUGAUAUGAGCAAGAGACAUCAGCAGCGAAGAGAGGAGAGCAUGCAAAUGCUGCAGAGUCUGACUGAAUCAGAUAAGCAGGAUGAGAAAGACAGUCAUUCAGGAUGCCAGGAUGCCAGGAGACUUGUGGCAGGAAGAAGGCAAAGGGCCAGUGAACCAACAGCACAGCUUGAACCUGAACACAAGGCCCUGAAGGAUGACUGGUUUGGAGAUAUGGGCGUCAAGAGCAAAGAGAGUGAAAGGGGUGAGAUGAACAGGAGACAUCAGCAGCGAAGAGAGGAGAGCAGACAAAUGCUGCAGAGUCUGACUGAAUCAGAGAAGACAGAUGAGAAAGACAGUCAUUCAGGAUGCCAGGAUGCCAGGAGACUUGAGGCAGGAAGAAGGCAAGGGGCCAGUGAACCAACAGCACAGCUUGAACCUGAACACAAGGCCCUGAAGGAUGACUGGUUUGGAGAUAUGGCCAUCAAGAACAAAGAGAGUGAAAUGGGUGAGAUGAACAGGAGACAUCAGCAGCGAAGAGGGGAGAGCAGACAAAUGCUGCAGAGUCUGACUGAAUCAGAGAAGACAGAUGAGAAAGACAGUCAUUCAGGAUGCCAGGAUGCCAGGAGACUUGAGGCAGGAAGAAGGCAAGGGGCCAGUGAACCAACAGCACAGCUUGAACCUGAACACAAGGCCCUGAAGGAUGACUGGUUUGGAGAUAUGGCCAUCAAGAACAAAGAGAGUGAAAUGGGUGAGAUGAACAGGAGACAUCAGCAGCGAAGAGAGGAGAGCAGACAAAUGCUGCAGAGUCUGACUGAUGAAUCAGAGAGGAAGGAUGAAGACAAAUAUGAGAAACUCAUACCAAGGUCUAGACGUGCAACAGGGAACACAAAUGGUGACGAAGGAAGUCAAGAGGUAAAUAAACGAGACACCAAGCAGACAAUAAGCCAGAGAAACGAGGGGGUGGACUGGCUGUGUGGAUCCAAGAAAAAACAAAUGGAUUCAGAAAAUGUCACAGCAGCUUCAGAGGGAACGAUAAGGCAAAGGGCACGUGGACUACCAGUUGGAAAUAUUAAAGUACCUGCAGACAAGAAACUGGAAGAUGACUGGUUUGGGAAUACUACCAAGGAGGACAAAUGGGACAUUGGCAAGAGGCAUGAGCAAAGCAGACACAAGAUGCAGAACCAGACCAAUCAAGCACAGCAAAGAGAAAAAGAGGACAUCAUGGUAGCACCAAAAGUGAGAACUUCUGUAGGGAGAAAAGAUUCUGGAACGGAGGUUCAUGUUAGCAAGCCACAAGAGCAAGGCAAUCGACUGGAAAGACACAGAAACCAACCAGGGGGAUGGCUUGAUGUUGUGAGUCAUACACGAUCACAUAAACCUGAAGACACACUGGCUUACAAGGAGACAAAGGCACAAGGAAAGGCCGACACUGCACAGAUAGACAACACGGAGAGCCACACCAGUGUGAAAUGCCAGAAGAAAACUGACAACUGGUUCAAAGUAUGGAUGCAGACAAAGAAAAGUGACAAAAAACCUGAUCCGGUAGGAAAUGAGAGGGGUGGCCCGGAGUUGUGCGAAGUAAGACGUCCCACCAGAGAAAACAACGGGAACACAGGCAAAGUGGAGACUAAGGCCACCAAUGGAUUGUUGAGAGAGCUUCAAGUCAGCCAAAUCACCGAAAAGGAGGAAGUGAAAAACAAUGGGAAAAUGGGACAAUGGGAAUCAAGGCUGUGGGACAGCAUAACAGGUGAGCUGCAUGCACAACCAAGCCGAUCAUUUAAAGAGGCGAGCCAGCUUGACUUUGAUGAUCCAGCAAAAAGGAAAGUGGUCUCUCCUCAUCCACAAGCCCCCACAGCAGGACGUCAAAGAACAUCUGUUGAUAGAUUUCAAAACAAGUCCAAGUUUGAGAUGGACGGUGAUGGAUUGGAAUGUAUGACUUUGGAUGAACCUAUACCAGAGAGAAUACCACCUCAGAUGAAGCGGACAACAGCAACACCACAGAGAGAAAAUAGACGGGACCAAAACGAUAUGUCAACAGAGUUGCUGAAUAACCCCAGACACUUGGCGAAGGAGAAAGAACAGGUUGAACGUGCCAACCAAGAGAGGGAGAGGCAGAACAAUGAACAGGCUCACAAAGACAACGAGCAAAGUAAGAUGAGGAAACAAAUGGAGACGAGGGACGGCAAAACAGAAGGCCGAGCAACCUAUGACAGCAAGAGUCCCUCUGAGGUCCCCCUCAUUUCCCAUUCAUCGGAUGCUGUUCAUGAGAAGAAGAAUAACUUUGCCUUUUCAACUGCAGAAAUUGCAAAAACUGUGGAGGAGUACAAACCUCUGCGUAACACGGAGGACCAGGGGACCCUGGAGAAGAGCCCCUCUCUGGUCAACCUCUUGGCCUGUUCAGAUGCCAGUGGCGAGGAGGAAGAUAACAGGUCUGACACCGCCUCCUUAUCGCAAUAUCAAACACCAGAGGUUGAUUGUGAAAACGUGAAGGACAAGAGUGUGAGGAGGAGGGUCCUUAAAUGGGUCAAUAAAAAAGCGAAGGACUACUACAGCAAGAAAAUCGAAAAGACCUACAAGAGAGAGAAGGAAGAAGGGGACGAGAUGUACGCACCAUGGUACAGCGUAACUUCAAUGUGGCGCUCGGAUAGGGAGCAGGAGAAGAGGAAGGCGUUGCUGAAAGCUGAGGAGAGACGGCAGCGCUUUGAGGGUUCCUUGCUCAACUGGGAGGCCAAACGGGCCAAGAAGAGGGCUCUUAGGAUGGAGGAAGAGGAGAAAUGUAACAAGGAAAUCGAUGACAUGUGGUUUGUGGACGACCUCAUGUAAAGUGGACAAUUUGGCUUACACUGGACAAUGAAUCACAAAGUAAAAAACUGUUGAUGAAGACAGGAAGAACAGAGGCAACAAAACAUCUAGAAGCCAAAAGAUACGUGACACUCUUCACAUGGAGCAAAACUGCUCUGAAUACAGUGGGAUAGAUUUAUUAACCAAAAAAAGAAGAAAAACAUACACCCGCUUCAAUCUUACUAUUUCCAUCUUUUUUCAUUUAUUAUUAUUUUAUUUUAUUUUUUAUUACCAUUAUUGCUAUUACUAUUAUUAAAUAUUAUUCAAUUCAUUCUUGUUUGUCAUUCUUAAUUCAUUAGUAAUUUGCUGUAGGCCUAUCAUUAUUUGCCAUGCAUUAAGCUAUGUUGAGCUUACCGUCUUCCCUGUGUGGUUAACUACAAUAAGCCUAUAAUGAAUGGCUAGCUCACAUCUGAACUGACAUUAGACAAACUGUGUUAAGUAAACAGUCUAC